AUGCCUUGCGGAAAACUUGCUGUCACUGCCGUCGCGGCGCGUGGAUUAUCCCAAACUGGAUUGAAAGAUCCCAAAACCUUUAUUGGAUGUUACAUUCAACCGCAUGAAAAGCAACGAACAAAAAGCAACCAUGGCACCGAACCUUGCUGGAAUGAAACACUCCACUAUAAUGUCGCUGAUACCAACUCGACAUUGCAUGUGGAGCUGAUCGAUGAAAGUGCAAGCAACACCAGCCUGGUGGGCAAUACUCAAAUUGAUUUAAGCAAAGUGUUCAAAGAAGGCAAUCACCAGGAAUGGGUUCAAGUCAAAAAUGAUCGCGGCGAGCCUAUCGGCGAUGUCCAACUGGCCAUGACUUUCUCGGAAGUGAGCGUCCACGAAGAAAUCCGCCAAGAGUAUCACGAACAGCGUACUAGUUCUGUCUCGGUACACUCGGGAAGCCAGUCCUCGUUUGCCGCGCUCGGACCCGAGACGCCUCUUCCCGAGAACUAUGGCGCCGGCACACCUCCUCCAUUUAAGCCUCAGCCUCCUGUGUCCUACGUAACCAGCCAAUCCAAUCUUAGUUCCAGCAACAGCGAUGCUGAGCUCGUCUCGCACGUCGAAAGACUUGGCGUGGAAGAAAAGAAGGAAGACGGCACUAACUGGGUGAAAUAUGGUGGCGCUUUGGCUGGUGCAGCAGCAGCCGUCGGUCUUGGUGCAUGGGGUGCAUAUGAACUCAAGCAACACUAUGAUGAGAAGAAAGAGCAAGAGGAAAAAGAAAAAGAAAAACACAAGGUCGAUGCCAAACCUUUCCAUAUUCCUGAAGGUUACCUUCAACCUCAGCCUCCGUCGCAGCCUCAGUCUCAGCCUCACUCGGGCCAGCAGCAGCAACACUUUACUUCAGCUCACGUUGAGAAGAAGGACAAUGAUUGUCAUAAGCAGGUUGGCCAUAAAGACGACAAACAUUGCGAAAGCAAGGAGAAGAAGCAUCAGGACAAGGACAAGCACUGCGAAAACAAGGAUAAGAAACAUCAUGAUAAGGAGAAGCAUUGUAAGGACAACAAGGAAAAGCAUUGCAAAGAUGAUGACAAGAAAAAGGACAAAAAGAAGCAUUGCAAGGAGAAGAAGGAGAAGAAAGACAAGCAUGGUAAAAGCAAAGAGAAGAAGCAUGGUCACAAAGGCUCCGGUUCUGACUCGGGUUCGAGCUCGAGCUCUGACUCGGAUUCUGAUUAACCGUCUAAUAACGUGCAAUCAUCAACCAACCCCACCUAUUCCAUACUUUGAAUAAAGAAAUACCCCGACAAUUUUGGUGCGCACCCACUAAAACCAUGAUUGCAUCUUCAUCUAAUGAGAAACCUCCAGUUGACCCCAACAAUUGAUAGAUGGUUUGGUACUUUAGCAACCAAGCCGCGAAACAUCUAAUCUGUAACCAAGUGGAGAAACCAUGUCAAUUGCUCCAAAAUGGCCCAAAACGGUCCAAUACCAAGUGAUUAAUGAAAAAGCUUGUUUAUGUGAGCAGAUAAUGGCUUGCAUAGCAUAUUACAGUCAUCCGCACAAGACGAACUUUUUAUAUAGUGGAACUUUAACCAUCCUUUUAAUUGCAACAAUUUUAUUUUGGUUUUAUCAUGG